AUGCCAGCGACUGACUCUGAUACCAUAUUUGGUGCGUUGAAAGGGCUCCUUGGCCCUUCAAAUACAGCAUUGUUGCAUGAAGUCUCGGGAAAGUCGGAGCAUUUUCCUGCAGAGCUUGACUGUGUGAUAUCUUCAUUGGUUGAAUCCAAUAAUACAGCUGACGAACAUCACAAAGAACACUCAGAGCUCCUCACAGAAGCAGCUGUUGCCAGCCUCAGUAUAUUGAGCUCGAAAUAUCGCAUUGUUCUGGGCCAGUUUACUCUCAUAAAGCUCACAGCUGUUACUGAUCCUCAGGACCCAUGGACAACUGCACAAGCUGCAACAGCAGCCUCGAAACUUUUGUCCGAACACCUUGAAGGUGAGAGCCUGAACGAGUUUAUCACCAACACGAUCCUUCAGGAGCAUUUGAAACCAUUGUUUAUGAAAUCGACCUCGCGAAUCACGGCUUCAGGACGGCCCUCCCAGUAUAAUAUGAUUGACGAUCGGUCCCGAGCCGUGAUCGAAGUGCAAUCAUGGAGAACUCAGGCGCCGUGGGCAGAGGCUACAAUACAGUGGACAGUAAACAUGUCUACGACGUCUCUCAUUAAGAAGCACUGGCCGCUUUUCUUACCAGUCUUGUUGGCGCUGGUGGAGAACGAGUCUACCAAGACCAAGGUCAGAGGUUUAAAGACCACGAGGGAAUUCAUAAACAAAUGUCCAGCUCAAGUAUUGCAAACCACAGGCAUAGGCCGUGUAUUUGCGAACGUCACAUUUCCGCUCCUGCUCUAUGUCCCCAGCAUCACACCAGAGGAGGAGUCUAUGACCAUACUCAUACCGGCUUACGAUGUGCUUAUCAAGCUAGCCCAGUCCACCGGGGAUACCAACAGUAUUGAGCGUCGCCGACUAUUUGACAAGAUCCUCAGAGAUGGAGUAUUCGCAGCACACUCGCAUUGUCCAAACUCUGUUGCAGAAGGUAACAGCAGUGAUCAAUAG